AUGGCACAGCAUACCUUCCAUGAUCGAGAACAAAAAGCUGGAAGGACAUUCAGGCAGCAGAUUAGAAAAUCCACUGAAGAAACAAUGAAGCCAAAGGAAAUACAGGUAAUGCUCACUGAAGCCCUGUGGGACCAGGUGAGGAUGGCUUUUAGGGAUAUACAAAAGGAGCUACAGGAAGAUGCUCGGACCCGAGGGAUGAGAAACUGCUUAAUGUCACCUGCAUCCAGGACUGGAAGCAUCAGGCCUCCAGAUUCCUGGACAUCCCAAAAUUUGAGAAUUUUACUGCCCAGCACUGAAGAGCAGCCACCAGGGGUCCAGGCCCACCUGAAGAGCCAGCACUCUGUUUAA